AUGAUCUUUUUUUCCUUUACUGAUUUCCAUGGUCUUUUUUCUUCCUUUUUUACUGAUUUCCAUGGUCUUUUUUCCUUUACUGAUUUCCCUGGUCUUUUUUUCCUUUACAGAUUUCCCUGGUCUUUUUUUUCCUUUACUGAUUUCCAUGGUCUUUUUUCCUUUACUGAUUUCCCUGGUCUUUUUUUUUCCUUUACUGAUUUCCAUGGUCUUUUUUCCUUUACUGAUUUCCCUGGUCUUUUUUUUCCUUUACUGAUUUCCAUGGUCUUUUUUCCUUUACUGUCUUCCAUGGAUGUAGCUGUUCAUUUGAUCUUCUUCUUCUGCCCCUCCUUCUUCUUUUUCAUCUUCUUCUUCUUCUUCUCCUCCUCCUUCUUCUUCAUCUUCUUCUUCUUUUCCCCUUCUUCUUCUUCUUCUCCCCUUCUUCUUCUUCUUCUCCCCCCUCCUUCUUCUUCAUCUUCUUCUUCUCCUCCUCCCCCUCCUCCUUCUUCUUCUUCUUCUUCUUCUCCUCCUCCUCCUUCUUCUUCUUCUUCUCUCCCCCUCCUCCUUCUUCUUCAUCUUCUCCUCCCCUUCUUCUUCUUCUUCUUCUUCUCCUCCCCUUCUUCUUCUUCUUCUUCUCCCCCCUCUUCUUCUUCUUUUCUUCUCCCCCUCCUUCUUCUUCAUCUUCUUCUUCUCCUCCUCCCCCCUCCUUCUUCUUCUUCUUCUUCUCCCCCUUCUUCUUCUUUUCUUCUUCUUCUUCUCCCUUCUUCUUCUUCUCCCCUUCUUUUCUUCUCCUCCCCUCCUUCUUCUUCAUCUUCUUCUCCUCCUCCUCCUCCUCCCCACUUCCUUCUUCUUCUUCAUCCCCUCCUCCUUCUUCUUCAUCUUCUUAUUCUUCUCCUCCCCUUCUUCUUCUUCAUUAUCUCAUCCCCCUCCUCCUUCUUCUUCAUCUUCUUCUUCUUCUCAUCCCCUCCUCCUCCUUCUUCAUCUUCUUCUUCUCCUCCCCCCCCUCCUUCUUCUUCAUCUUCUUCUUCUUCUUCUCCUCCUCACCCUUCUUCUUCUUCAUCUUCUUCUUCUUCUCCUCCUCCCCUUCUUCUUCUUCUUCUUCGUCUUCUCCACCUUCUUCUUCUUUUCUUCUUCUUCUUCUCCCCCUUCUGCUUCUUCUUUUUCUUCUCCUCCCCCUCCUUCUUCAUCUUCUUCUUCUCCUCCUCUCCUCCUCUUUCUUCUUCUUCUUCAUCUUCUUCUUCUGAUACCCCUCCUCCUUCUUCUCCCCCUCCCUUUUUCUUCUUCUUCUUCUUCUUCUUCAUCUUCACUUUUGCUUUGAAAAGAAGUGCGAUUUAUUACCAGGUUUUCAGUAUCACACCUGGAUGCUUCCGCAGCAUCCAUUAUUAUGCAAACGCCAUUUCUGUCAGUGGUUCGUCGUCUGCAGCGAGACGGGAAUCUCUCUCUCUUUUGAUUUUCUCUAUCUAUUUUGCUUUCCUCUGUCUUUUUUCUUCCUCUAUCUCUUUUGCUUUUCUCUGUCUAUUUAGCUUCCCUCUGUCCCUUUUGCUUUCCUCUAUCUCUUUUGCUUUCCUCUGUCCCUUUUGCUUUCCUCUGUCUUUUUUUCUUUUUCUCUGUCUAUUUUCUUUCCUCUUUCUCUGUCCCUUUGCUUUUCUCUGUCUAUUUUCAUUUCCUCUGUCCUUUUUUUUUCUAUAUCUUUUUUGCAUUUCUCUAUCUCUUUUGCUUUCCUCUGUCUCUUUUUCUUCAGUCUAUCUCUUUCGCUUUUCUCUUCUAUAUCUUUUGCAUUUCUCUAUCUCUUUUGCUUUCCUCUGUCUCUUUCUUUUCCUCUGUCCUUUUUGCUUUCUUUUCUCUUUUCUCUAUUUUGAUUUCCUUGCUUUUCCUCUGUCUCUUUUUGCUUUUCUCUGUCUAUUUUGUCCUUUUUGCUUUCCUCUCUCUUUUUUUCUCUUUUUUUCUUUAGUCUAUAUCUUUUUUUUUUCUCUUUCUCUCUCUGUCCUUUUGCUUUCAUCUCUCUCUUUUUUUUUUUGUCUAUCUAGCUCUCUCUUUUUGCCUUUUUUUUUUCAUCUCUCUCUUUUUGCUUUUCUCUAUCUAUUUUGCUUUCCUCUGUCUCUUUUUUGCUUUCUCUAUCUCUUUUGCUUUCCUCUGUCCUUUUCUCUCUCUUUUUUUUCUCUUUUUUUGAGCCUCUUUCCUUUUGUUUGUCUCUCUCUUUUGCUUUCCUCUGUCUAUUUUGUUUUCCUUUGUCUUUUUCUUUCUCUCUCUUUUGCUUUUCUCUCUAUUUUGAUUUCCUCUGUCUUUUUUUUUCUCUCUCUUUUCCUCUUUUUUUCUCUGUUUUUGCUUUUCUCUGUCUAUUUUUGCUUUCCUUGUCUUUUCUUUUGUCCUUUUGCUUUUUCUCUGUCUAUUUUGCUUUCCUUUAUCUCUUUUUCUUUAGUCUAUAUCUUUUGCAUUUCUCUAUCUCUUUUGCUUUCCUCUGUCUCUUUUUCUUUCCUCUCUCUCUUUUGCUUUUCUCUUUCUUUUCUCUGUCUAUUUUUGCUUUCCUCUGAUUUUGCCUUUCUCUAUCUCAUUUGCUUUCAUCUGUCUAUUUUGUUUCUCUCUCUCUUUUUUUUCUCUUUUUUUGCUUUCCUCUGUCUUUUUCCUCUUCUGUUUUCUUUCUCUAUUUUGAUUUCCUCUCUUUUGCUUUCUCUCUCUCUUUUUUGUUUCCUCUAUCUCUUUUUUUCUUUUCUCUCUUUUCCUCUUUCCUCUUUUUUGCUUUCCUCUGUCCUUUUUUUAUCUCUUUUUCUUUCAUCUCUAUCUUUUGCUUUCUCUAUCUAUUUUGAUUUCCUCUGUCUCUUUUUUCUUUCCUCUCUUUUUCUCUUUUUCUCUGUUUCCUUUCCUUUUUUGCUUUCCUCUCUCUCUUUUGCUUUUCUCUUUUUUUGCUUUUCUCUGUCUUUUUUUUUCCUCUAUUCUCUUUUUUUGCUUUCCUCUGUCCUUUUUGCUUUCCUCUCUCUCUUUUGCUUUUCUCUGUCCUUUUUCUUUCCUUUCUCUCUCUCUUUUUUCUUUUCUCUAUCUAUUUUGAUUUCCUCUGUCCUUUUGCUUUCCUCUCUCUCUCUUUUUCUCUCUAUUUUUUCCUCUUCUAUCUCUUUCGCUUUUCUCUGUCUAUUUAGCUUUUGCUCUGUCCUUUGUUUCCUCUUUUUUUGUUUUCUUUUUGAUUUCUCUGUCUAUAUUUUGCAUUUCCUCUCUCUCUUUUGCUUUUCUCUCUCUUCAGUCUAUCUAUUUCCUCUCUCUCUUUGCUUUUCUUUCCUUUCUUUCUCUGUUCCUUUGCUUUCUCUGUUCUCUAUUUUUUGCUUUCCUCUGUCUCUUUGCUUUCCUCUCUCUCUUUUGCAUUUCUCUAUCUCUUUUGCUUUCCUCUGUCUCUUUUUCUUCAGUCUAUCUCUUUCGCUUUUCUCUUUUCCUUUUGCUCUCUCUUUUGCUUUCCUCUGUCUAUUUUUUUCUUCUUUCCUCUCUUUCCUUUUUUCUGUCUAUUUUCUCUUUUGCUUUCCUCUGUCUAUUUUGCUUUCCUCUGUUUUAGGUUUCCUUUCCUUUUUCUCUCUCUUUUUGCUUUCUCUCUAUUUUGCUUUCCUCUGUUUUUUUGCUUUCCUUUUGCAUUUCCUCUGUCCUUUUGCUUUCCUCUGUCUAUUUUGUUUUCCUCUAUCUCUUUUCUUUAGUCUUUUUUGCUUUCCUCUCUCUCUUUUGCUUUCUCUGUCUCUUUUUCCUCUUCAGUCUUUCUCUCUCUCUUUUACUUUUCUCUGUCUUUUUGCUUUCCUCUCUCUUUUGCUUUUCUUAUCUUUUCUCUAUCUUUUUGAUUUCCUCUGUCUUUUUGCUUUUCCUCUGUCUCUUUUUCUUUCCCCUCUAUCUCUUUUCUCUGUCUAUUUUUUCUCUUUGCUUUCCUCUAUCCUUUUUGCUUUCCUCUGUCCUUUUGUUUUCUCUUUCUUUUCUUUAGUCUAUAUCUUUUUCCUUUUCUCUAUUUUGCUUUUUUUUGCUUUCCUCUGUCCUUUUUCUUUCCUCUCUCUCUUUUGCUUUUCUCUAUUUUGCUUUCCUCUGUCCUUUUGCUUUCCUCUCUCUCUUUUGCUUUUCUCUAUCUAUUUUGAUUUCCUCUGUCCUUUUUUUCUUUUAGUCUCUCUCUUUUGCUUUUCUCUGUCUAUUUUUUUCCUCUGUCCUUUUCUCUCUUUUUUUUCUCUCUUUUCUCUUUUUUGCUUUCUCUCUUUUUGCUUUUCUCUCUUUUGCUUUCCUCUGUCCCUUUUGCUUUCCUCUUCUAUAUCUUUUGCAUUUCUCUAUCUCUUUUGCUUUCCUCUGUCUCUUUUUCUUCAGUCUAUCUCUUUCGCUUUUCUCUGUCUAUUUAGCUUUCCUCUUUUUUUUUCUCUCUUUUGCUUUUCUCUAUCUAUUUUGAUUUCCUCUGUCCUUUUUUUCUUUCCUCUCUCUCUUUUGCUUUUCUCUAUCUUUUGCUUUCCUCUGUCCUUUUGCUUUCCUUUCUUUCUCUCUCUUUCUAUUUUUCCUCUGUCCUUUUUUCCUCUCUUCUUUGCUUUCUCUAUUUUGCCUUUUCUGUUCCUUUCUUUCAUCUCUCUUUGCUCUCUCUUUUUGUUUUCCUCUAUCCUUUUUUUCUUUCCUCUCUUUUUUUGCUUUUCUCUCUUUUUGUUCCUUUCCUCUCUCUUUUUGCUUUCUAUUUUGAUUUUCCUCUGUCUUUUGCUUUUCUCUCUUUCUAUUUUCUAA